UAACGAAACAUUAAGAGACAAUUAGAGAAUGGGCCAACAAUGGUUCGAAUUACAUUGCUGGUUGCGCUGUGAGACAAUGUCUCGGAAUGCGUAUCAAAAAGCGAGAACAAUCCGAAAUAAUUCCGAUAUACGAUUUAAAAUGAUUUUUUGGACAUGUCUAAUAUUUUUGCUUUUUAGUACAUUAAGAAUAUUUUUAAUGUAUUUCCUUAGAUGAGAGAAUAUAAAUGCCUGCAUUUCAGGCAGAAUUAUCCUAUGGUCUGUUGUAUCACUUUUUUUCUUUCUUUGUUUUGUCUUCUGGGAUAAAUAGGUUCUACCAUGCGGAAGGAAGCCUUUGGAACGAUGCUGCAUCUGCUCAGCUUCUUUCUUGUUGUCGGAUGGACCUUUUCUAGUCCUGAGCUGGAAUUCCCAGCUGCCGUGUUUCCCGACGAAGUUAUCAAGGAAACCUCUGAUUUCGACAGCCUCCCUCCUUCCAUCCUCCGAGGUUUUCCUUGUGCAACGCUGGACCAGUUGGAUGACACAAGAGUCCAGCAACUCGCCCAGGCUUUGAAGCGGAAGGACGUCCGGCUGAGGAGGGACCAGCUGAGUUGCCUUGCCGAGAGGUUGAUGCUCGACAGGAUCCCCAAGGAUUUUGACGAAUUCCCGAAAGACUUGAUUUUUUUCGUCAGACCUUCAGAUUUCACUGGAAGCUGUGAAGAGCGCAUCCGUCGCGUCGGGAAAGCCAACCUGGAUUUGCUGGAGAAAGGAUCUCCGGAAAGAACGCAGCUGCUUUCAGAGGGUUUGUCCUGUCUGGAGAUCACUGGUGUCCAAGUGAGCAAGGAAAAGGCCGAAGUUUUGGGCGGCCUGGUUUGCGACUUCGGUGGGGAUUAUAUUGUGGCCUCUGGUAUAAAUUUGCUGAAAGAGUUGAACCGAUGCCCGUCCUUUAGUCCGGAUCAAACCCAAGCCAUCCGAGACGUCCUUCGAAAAGGAGACGCUCCAUUAGGGCCUCCUUCCGAGUGGACUUCUUCCACCUUAGAUGAGCUGGCAGGCUUGAUCCGAACAUUUGAUAACAGCAUCCUACAAAAUAUCCCCAAAGACGUUUUCCUCUCGUGGCUGAAACAGUAUGCAAAGCGUUUCCACCCGCCACGAAAACAGCUACAGUCUUUGAUCCAGGUUUUUUGGUCCAAGUUCCAACCAUCCAGGCAGAAACGUGACACAGGAGAAUGUCCACCGGACCAAACUAUAACCGAUGAGAUGCUUAAUGACGAGUUAAUGCCAAUUUACUACUUGGCGGAGGAUUUGAAAGCGUGCCUGAAAGGCAAAAGGCUGGCGGAGAGUCUCCCGACGAUCUCCUCCUAUGCUUUCACUUAUGACCAACUGCUGGCAUUGAAACAGAACCUGGACCAGGAGUUUCCAGACGGAUAUCCCUCUAGCCUUCUCCCCAACAUGGGAUUCUUGAUGCCUGUCAUAACAGAAGACGAUAUUAAAAAAUGGAACUUCACUUCGCCCGAAACACUCGGUUCUAUGCUGAGCGUCUUGCCUGAAGACGACAAGGCCAAGAUGCUCAUUCAGAGGUACGUUGCUUCCGGGGGUCCAAUGAACGGCACGGCUUUGGAUGCCCUCGGAACAAGAUACGCUUGCCUCCUGACCCAGAACGAGCUCAACCGGAUCGACGAAAAGGCCCUCAAGACGGCUUCCGAGUUUGACCCUUCCAAAUGUUCCCGACUCAUUUUGGACAACCUGUAUCCAAAAGCCAAGCGAGCCUUUUCCGACCGACACAACGAAUUCCCCGCUUAUUAUAACUUCAUUCGGCCGUACCUGGGAGGAGCGCCGGCUGAAGACCUCAAGGCACUGAGCAAAAAUAAUGUCAACAUGGACAUCGAGACAUUCGAGAACUUGAAAAAAGAUUCUGUUGUGCCUUUAACCGUCCAAGAAGUCAAAGGCUUGCUAGGAACCAACCUGAAAAAACUCCCGGAUCAUAAGGACAACCCGACCAUCAGUGCCUGGAUCCACAACCAGAAGCAGUCCGACCUGAACAGCCUUAAGCUCGGACUCACGGGCGGCAUUCCCGACGGAUACAUGGUCAUUCCCCGUCUCUCUCGGCGCAAGAAGUGAGGGAUUUAGAGCCCAAGGCAGAAGAGACGGGAAGGCCAAGGAAACUCCAGAAGAAAGCUCCAACGCCCAGUGAGGACAGCCCCAAUUAAUCCUCAUAAAAUAAAUUCAUAAUAAUAAUAGAAGCAGGAUAUUAUUUUUUGGGUGACGCCUCCCAGCAAGCCCCAAACGGAUCCCCAUUCUUUAAAAUUUAAAAAGGGGAUGAUGGACUUCACCGACCAGAAAUUGAGAUGUUUCUCUGCUGAUCAUCAAUAAAAGCUUCUGAUAUA